AUGAUAGCUGGAUAUGGGGCAGUGACUCAGGCCCUUUUAGGGACCCUUCUGACGUGGGGACUUACAGCUCUUGGAGCCGGCUGUGUAUUUUUUAUCCGAGGAAAACAUAGAAAGUUACUUGACGUGUCACUUGGGUUUGCUGCUGGUGUUAUGACAGCAGCUUCGUACUGGUCCCUAUUGGAGCCUGCAAUUGAAAUGUGUCAAGAGUCCGGUAUUUAUGGAGAAAACGGACAAUAUGCUUUCGCACCGAUUGCAGCGGGAUUUUUAUUCGGAGCCGUGUUUGUUUUUGGAACGGAUAAAUUUUUGGAUUAUUUGGGAAUUAACUCAACAAACAUGAUGAUCACGAUAACAAAAAGUAAAGAAUCUAAAGAGAAGCUAGAAGAUUUAGAAAUGAUGACAGCACUCAAUCGUCGGUCUUCAAACCCCACUAGCGUAGUGACACUAGAACAGCCGGCCGAUUUUGCUGAUUGUAUUAGCAAUCAGCAUACAGCACAACGGAGAAGACCGCACCAUCAUUCUCAUCACUCGCUGAAAGGGGGUGAGGGGGACGCGGAUGAACGCCGUGAAAGCGCCGCUCGAGCGUUGGAAGCGAGACAGUCUCAGUGGAAACGGAUUAUGCUACUAGUGGUCGCCAUUACUGUGCACAAUAUACCUGAGGGUCUAGCAGUCGGUGUCUCUUUCGGCGCUGCUGCUUCCUCAUCUAAAGCGUCAUUCCAAAGUGCAAGGAACUUGGCGCUUGGCAUCGGUAUCCAGAAUUUUCCUGAAGGUCUCGCUGUGAGCUUACCCUUGCAAGCCGCGGGCUUUUCAGUAUGGAGAGCUUUCUGGUAUGGCCAACUGUCUGGCAUGGUGGAGCCGGUGUUCGGCGUUCUGGGUGCAGUGGCUGUAUCUGCCGCUCAGCCCGUUUUACCUUACGCGCUGGCCUUUGCUGCUGGUGCGAUGAUCUACGUCGUUGCCGACGACAUAAUACCUGAAGCGAACGCAUCGUAA